AUGGCAUCCAGAUUAGGGUCUGACAACGGGCACAAGAAUACGGGAAGUCACUCCCGCACAAAAGACCUCAACCUUAACAAAGUCUAUAUCGAGUCAUUAACAUUGUAUGUAUGCAUGUACGUGCGUCACAUCGCUGUUGCAUUCAAAAAUAGCGUGAACAGAAUUUGGGCCGUGCCAGCAUGGAGAGUGUUAGGCGGAUGGGUGUACUAUAAGUACCCCUCCCCGCGGAUUGAUAAUGGAUGCCUCUUGUUAAAUGAGAGUCGAAAUACAAACCGCCUUGAUCCCAUCUCGCUUACAUCAGUGCCGACAAACUCCGGUAACAUGUUGCUUUCCACAGUCUUCCUCAAGUAUGGGAAGGAAGGAAAGAGGGGGAGAAAAACCAUAGAAGCGCGCCAGCAACAGCGAUUGGUGGCCGCCAAGCUAUGCAGGGAGAUCAAUUCACAUGAGCAUCUAUGCAUUGGAACGCUAUACGAGUCGCAAUGGCCAGAGGAGAUUCCUGGUUCUAAAUCAACAUUUCCCAUAAUCAUCUCCAACAUCAGUGCACUCACAUGA